AGACCUGAAGCGAGCAGCAGAGAAGACGCUAGCUGUCUUAGCUAACCGUCAGAGAGAACCGAUCACCGACCGUUUCUCCGGUGAAACGUGAACGAAACGGCCUGACUUCGAUGAGCUGACAGCCGGCAGGCAGCCGAGAGUUUGGCCGUUAGUACCGAUGGAGUUAAACACGGAAAGCCGGUCUCCCCGCGAGGAGCGGGAGCUGGAAGACGGAGAGAUCUGCGACGAUGACACCGAGGAGAGCGCGCCGCUCCGGCGGGGGGAGGGGAGCCGGAGCAGGGCCGCUCGGGGCCGCGGCCGCGGCGCUUCUCAACGGGCGCGAAAACACCACCAACGCCCGCACAUGCCGCCUCACAUGGGCCACCCCCCGCCAGACUUCCGACACCUGAUGCCCCCGUACAACCGCGGUCCUCACGACCCGUUCCCCAUGGGCCACCGGCAGCAGUGCGGGCCGAGCGGGCCCGAGCGGCCUCCUGCCGCGUCCACCGCGCCGCCGCCGCUGCCGCCACCGCCGCUGUUGCUGCUCGGGCCCCACGGAGCCCCCAACCCGAGGACCAGCUUCUGGGAGCGGAGCCACGGCGCCCUGGGCCGGUUCCGACACCGGGCCAUGCCGAACGGUGGCCGCGGGGGAUGGAAUCGGGGCGGCGGGAACAGCCGCGGUCCCCCCGGGGCUCGGUACGGGUCCGCGGAGAGUCACGGUAACAAGGACUCGCCCUCGAGGAAACAGAAGCCUUUGGGGAGGACCGGGGGCAGGAGACCGGGUCACAGUGUCUCCAGACCAGAGACCAGUGUGGACGAGUCCUUCGAGGACCUCCUGUCCAAGUACAAGCAGAUCCAGCUAGAGCUGGAGUGCAUCCGCAAGGAGGAGACCUGGGCCCUGGAGCCCAGAGGGGACAAGAGACCAGACCCUCCUGCCAGUGUUACAGACAUCACACCAGAGCCUCCGGAUCCGGGUCAGUUCCCGGUUCAGGCUCAGGGUCCGGCUCAGGUCCUUCCUCAGGUUCCAGCUCAGUGUCAGAGUUCGGCUCAGUUCCCAGCUCAGGGUCUGGGUCCAGGUGCAGCUUCAGGUCCUGCGGAGGAAGCGGCCCAGCUGGAGGAGAAGGAGAACAAAGUGUUCCAAGCGUUCAACAUCAGACCUCUACGCCAGAAGCUGCCGCCGCCCGCCAUCCUGGACGAGCUCAAGAACCCGUCUGACGAGAACCAGAAAGACCCCCCCACCCCCGCCGAACCCGGACCUGGACCGGGACCCGGCAGGGACGGUGAAGAACAAGAGGAAGUAGCUGCUGGAACAGAAGCAAAAGCUGAAGAAGAGUUGUCGGAGGAGGAGAAGACGGCGUGCGUGUGCAGCGGCGGAGAGGAGACUCUGAGAGAGUCAUCAGCCUCCAGCGAGGACUCGGUCCUCUCUCCUGACAAGGUGGGGGGGCGGGUGGAGGAGGAGGAGCUGUCGGAGCUGCAGCUCCGCCUCCUGGCCCUGCAGUCAGCCAGUAAGAAGUGGCAGCAGAAGGAGCAGCAGGUGAUGAAGAGGAGCAAAGACCGCUUCACUAGGGUGGUGCAGGAGAAGAAGAAGGGCGCCGAGGCCCCGCCCCCCAGCAGGCAGAGGGUCACCACCAGGUCUGCAUCCGCCGCCGCCGCUGCCUCCGCCGCUGCAGACCGCAGCAGAACCAGGUCCAAAACCCUGGACCAGGACAAGGACCGGGACCGGAGCAAGGCCGGGCCCAGACCUGCAGACAGAGACCGGGACCGGCCCAAAGCCAGCCCCAAACCAGGCCCCAAACCAGGCCCCAAGGCCCCCCCAGAGAGACGCAGCGCUGCCUGGAAGACCCCCACGGCCAAGAAGAUGAUCAGUCCCGGCUCUGCAGCCAAGCAGGCCUUCAGGAAGCAGCAGCUGAGGACGUGGAAGCUGCAGCAGCAGAGGGAGCAGGAGGAGAAACGGCGUCAGGACGAGGAGGAGCGACGCAAACGAGAGGACGAGAUCAGACGCAUUCGAGACCUGUCCAAUCAGGACGAGCAGUACAACCGCUUCAUGAAGCUGGUGGGGGGCAAGGCCAGGACGCGCAGCCAAUCCAGAGACCGAGAGCACAGGAAGUCGGCGGGGAAGCAGGGUCUGGACGCCUCGGGGAACCUCUACCAGUACGACAACUACGACGAAGUCGCCAUGGACACGGACAGUGAGACGGGCUCGCCAGUGUCGUCUCCGAGUCACAGCUCUCUGCCUCCAGACGACCCGGCAGCGUUCCCUCGCCUGGCGCUCUACCCCCCCGACUGCCCUCCGUUAGGACCGGACUUGUGUCAACAGUUCCUCCCCCCCCGGCUUCACCCCCCUCCACCCCCUCUCCCCCCUCCCCCUGACGAGGCGGAGCCUCCACCCAAACCGCCCUUCGCUGACGAGGAAGAGGAGGAGGAGAUGCUUCUCCGGGAGACCUGCCUCAUGUCCAUGGCCAACAAGAGAGUUACUGCUCCAGAGGUAGGACAGACCAGCACACGGACCCGGGCUUCUUACGGCCCGCGGGCCACAUCCGGCCCUUUGUGCGCCCCUGUCCGGCCCGCUGGCGCCCUGGCAGCGUGGUGUCCUCUGCUGAACUUGUUGCUGCGUGACGGAGCGACGGCGUUUAAACUGAAGGCGCUCAGGUUCCCUCUGAUUGGCUGCUGGACGGCUUCCGCCGGCGGACAGCUGGGGGACGCAGGGCUGCUGGAGAUCUGGUCCUGGAGACCGAAACCACAGCGGAAGGUGCACCGCGUGGAGCACCGCGUGUCCAUGAAGAAGGAGGUGGCGGUCCGUCUGGAGCAGGACCUGAGUCAGCUGACUGGAGCCAGGGGAUCCAAACGCAGGACCGAGUCCAGCAUCAGUCUGCCUGUGAGGAAGGUCCAGCGAGUGGACGAGCGUCACUUGUCCGAGCUGAUGUCCCAGAAGCAGCGUCUGCAGCAGCUGGAGUCCGAGUACGCUCUGAAGAUCCAGAAGCUGAAGGAGGCCCAGGCCCUACACCACCGGGCGGGGGGUCUGGCUCCGCCCCCCACGCCGGCCCCCCAGAGCCUUGCCCCGCCCCCCUCCCCGCUGCCGCAGCCCUCGCUGCACGACCUCACGCAGGACAAGCUCACGCUGGACAGCGAGGACGUCCCGGAGCUCGAGGACUCUGAGACGCCGGCGGUCGUUAAGGCAACUCGCAGGAACUCGCUGCGUCAGUCCAGCUUCACCAAACCGCACCUGGAGCAGGCGGGGGGGGGGACGGCGGCUAAAGACGCCAAGACGCCGGGUAGCGAUGUCCCCCCGGUGGCCGACGGGGGCCCCUCGGUAGCGGGUGGGGGCCCUGCAGGUGUGGGCCCUGCGUGCGGAGGGCCCCCGGCGGGCUCUGGUCCGGGGCCUGCGGAGGCGUUCCCCGGCCUGGACGUGGCCCUCCUGCGGCGGUGCUACCGGCAGCAGGUCCGGCUCGGGGAGCUGCUGCAGGCCGAGCUGAGCACGGUGGAGGAACCGCUCCACGCCACCGCCGUCACCAUGGGGACGGCAGUCUCAGUGGAGAUGGACACAGCUACCAGCCAAUCAGGGAGCUCUGAUCUGAAGCCUGUCCCCUUUGGGUCCUAUCACAGUCCCCUGCUUGUCUUCAGGUCCUACAGGUUCAGUCCCUACUACAGGACCAAGGAGAAGCUGUCUCUGAGCUCCGUUACCCAUAGCAACACCAUCGAACCCAGGAAGUGUUUCUGUCGCUUUGACCUGACGGGGACCUGCAACGACGACGCCUGCAGAUGGCAGCAUAUGAGGAACUGCACCCUGACAGGAAACCAGCUGUUCCAGGACAUCCUGUCCUACAACCUGUCCCUGAUUGGCUGCUCUGAGUCCAGCUCGUACGAAGAUGUCAGCAACUGCACAGAGAAGUACAUGAAGCAGCUGUUGGGGGCUAACCGGGACCGGAUGGGCGUGGACCAGAAGGCCGUCCUCCUCGUCAGCAAGGUCAACGAAAGCAAACGACACGUGCCUCCCUUCACCACGUGGAAGGACCCGAGGAGCUGGCGUCCGAAGCCGUCGGCGCCGAGCGUCCCGCAGGACGAGGACGACAGCGAGGACGAGUCUGCAGGAGGACAGCUGGUUGCUGGGAGACACGACGGCGUCUCCAGCACCAGCCUGUCUGCGCUGGACGUCUGCGUCACAUCGGAGGACAAGCGCUACUUCAUCAGCGAGACGGACGACAUCUCCAACCUGGAGACCAGCGUCCUGGAGAGUCCCCGAGACACGCAGCUGUGGAUCAAACUGGCCUUCAAGUACCUCAACCAGAACGAGACGUCUCCGGCGGAGGGUCUGGAGGCGGCCCUGAACACGCUGUCCCGCGCCCUGGAGAGUAACUGUGACAACCCCGAGGUGUGGAGCCACUACCUGUCCCUGUUCUCCCGGCGGGGGAGCCGUGAGGAGGUGCAGGAGAUGUGUGAGAUGGCCGUGGAGCACGCCCCCCACUACCAAGUCUGGUGGAACUACCUGAAGCUGGAGAGCUCCUUCGAGGGGAAGGACUACGUGUGCGAGCGCCUGCUCCACUUCCUGGUCUCCGAGGCGUCCUCUGGGGUCACGGACAAGCUGUCCUUCCAGCUGAUGGAGGCUCUGCUGUACCGAGUCCAGCUGAACCUGUUCACCGGUCGCCUGGACCGGGCCCUGGCUCUGCUGCAGACGUCCCUUAAGGCGGUGCAGCAGCCCAGCGUGGCGGACCUCCUGCAGCCCAGAGACCGGGUCCUGGUCUGGCUCUGCUACAUCCACCUGACGGAGUUUGAGCGGCUGCCGUCCGGCCUGCAGGACCCGGCCGAGUCGGGUCCGUCCCGCCUGGUCCGCAGAGACAGCUUCCUGCUGCCCUGGAGGACGCCACAGGACGUCCGCACGCCGCCGGACAUCCUCAUCGCGCUCUUUCAAGACGGUGUCCGUCAGUGCAGUGAUGAGUCUGUGUCUCCGAGCGAGAGGACGCUGGCCUGUCUUCCUCUUCACACCAACCUCAUUGUCCUCAACACGCUGCUGGGCAGGUUUGACGAGGGUGUGUCUCUGUGUGAGUCUCUGCUGCGCUUCUGUCCCGAGUCGUGUACUCUGAGAGACGUUUUGGCCGAGCUCCACAUCAGGAGGGGGGAGAGUGACCAGGCGGUCAGCAUUUGGCUCCACGCCCUGGCAGAGUGUCCCAACAACGCCGAGGUCUUCUACCACUCGGCCAAGUUCCUCAUGGCUCAGGACAAGUCGAGCGCCAUCACUCCUCUGUUCCGAGGAUUCAUCCUGUCGCUGUGCGAUGACGAGCAGAGUCAGAAGAAGCCUGUGGACGUCCUGCGACACAUCCUGGGUUUCCCCACCAAGGAUCUGCUGAGACGGCCAAUCAGCAGCGAGCUGCAGGAGACGCUGAGUCAUCAGAUGCCAUACCUCCACCUAAUCCACUGUCGCUGGCAGUGGCUGCACGGCUCCGUGGAGGACGCAGUGGACGCCUUCGAGAGAGCGCUGGGGAUGAACAUGCAACGGGACGAGCUGCAAAAGCUCUGGAUGGAUUACCUGGUGUUCAGCAGCAGUCAGUCCAAGCGGUUCUUAGACCUGGUCCAGCGGUGUCUCAGCACCGUCCCGUCCCGUCUCGUUGUCCCCUUCAACCCGGCCGAGUUCUGGAGCUGCUACAGCUUCCACAACAAGGUGGUGACUCUCUACCUCAGCUGUCUGCCGCAGUCCCAGCAUGCACAUGUUCUGGAGAGGCUGAGAUACGCCAUGCCCAACAACAUUGAACUAGGCCUGAGGUACACACACACACACACACACACACACACACACACACACACACACACGUGUGUGUGUGUGUGUGUGUGUGUGUGUGUGUGUCUCUGUGUGUGUGUUUUCAGAUCUCCAGAAGAUGAAACCUGUCUUCUGGUCAGCCCCCCCAACAGAGCUCUGUCUCAGUCCUUCGAGAACCUUCUGGACGACAACAACUUUGGACUCGUUAAUAAGUUCAGGAAGGACCCGUACGUCACCACCCUGGGGGGCUUCUCCAAAGUCACCAACUACAUCUUCGAUGCGUUCCGGGGGACGGAGGAGCAGCACCAGCGCCCCCCCGAGGAGGUGGCCUUGCACCAGCGCCCCCCCGAGGAGGUGGCCCUGCUGAGUGAGGUCAUCCCGGGGCUGGAGAUCAACCGGCAGGAAGAGCCCGGCUUUGAGGUCAUCACCAGGAUGGACCUGGGUCCCAGGCCGGAGGUAUCACGGCGGCCCCCCAUGUCAGCAGAGGACUGGACCAAACACCAGGAUCCAGAGGGGAGGAUGAUCAGCGUCUUCAAGCUCAAGAAACUCGUCUUCAGAGGGGUCAUACUGCAGUAUAUUUCUCCAGAGAUGAAUACUGCAGUAUUUUUCUCCAGAGAUGAGUACUUCAGGAUGAAGCUGCAGUGGAAGUCGGUCAGUGAGGAGCAGGAGAGGAGGAACUCCAGACUGAGAGACUACAGGAGUCUGAUAGAGAAAGACGUGAACCGGACAGACAGAACCAACCGGUUCUACGAAGGCGUGGACAACCCGGGUCUGGUGCUGCUGCACGACAUCCUGAUGACCUACUGCAUGUACGACUUCGACCUGGGCUAUGUCCAGGGGAUGAGUGACCUGUUGUCUCCCAUCCUUUACGUGAUGGAGAACGAGGUCGACGCUUUCUGGUGUUUUGUCUCCUUCAUGGACCAGAUGCACCAGAACUUCGAGGAGCAGAUGCAGGGCAUGAAGACUCAGCUGAUCCAGCUCAGCACCCUGCUCCGGCUGCUGGACCUCACCUUCUGGAACUACCUGGGUGCGUAGACCCAUAUUCA